UUCAGUCACAUUUCAGCCUCUGCUCUGAGAACUCAUCCUGAGCAGCCCCAAACAGGCUAUAACUUCUCUACAACUGAGAUAUGAUCAUCUUAAUUUACUUAUUUGUCUUGCUGUGGGAAGAGGCUCACGGAUGGGGAUUCAAGAACGGAAUUUUUCAUAACUCCAUAUGGCUUGAACAAGCAGCAGGUGUGUACCACAGAGAAGCGAGGUCUGGCAAAUACAAGCUCACCUACGCAGAAGCCAAGGCAGUGUGUGAAUAUGAAGGUGGCCGUCUCGCCACCUACAAGCAACUAGAGGCAGCCAGAAAAAUUGGAUUUCAUGUCUGUGCUGCUGGGUGGAUGGCCAAGGGCAGAGUUGGAUAUCCCAUUGUGAAACCCGGGCCCAACUGUGGAUUUGGAAAAACUGGCAUUAUCGAUUAUGGAGUCCGUCUUAAUAGGAGUGAAAGAUGGGAUGCCUAUUGCUACAACCCACAUGCAAAAGAGUGUGGUGGUGUCUUUACAGAUCCAAAGCGAAUUUUUAAAUCUCCAGGCUUCCCAAAUGAGUAUGAUGAUAACCAGAUCUGCUACUGGCACAUUAGACUCAAGUAUGGUCAGCGUAUUCACCUGAGCUUUUUGGACUUUGACCUUGAAGAUGACCCAGCUUGCUUGGCUGACUAUGUUGAAAUAUAUGACAGUUACGAUGAUGUCCACGGCUUUGUGGGAAGAUACUGUGGAGAUGAGCUUCCAGAAGACAUCAUUAGUACAGGAAAUGUCAUGACCUUGAAGUUUCUAAGUGACGCUUCAGUGACAGCGGGAGGUUUCCAAAUCAAGUAUGCUGCUGUGGAUCCUCUAUCCAAAUCCAGUCAAGGAAAAAACACAAGUACUGCUUCUACUGGAAAUAAAAACUUUUUAGCUGGGAGAUUUAGCCAUUUAUAAAACAAAUAAGGACACUCAAGUGUUGAUGUUUGUAUCUUUUGGAACCCCUUUGAUCUCACUUUUAUAUAUUAGUGGUAGCAUUUAUUUAUUAUUUUUCUAAAUGUGAAAGGCAAUAACUGAUAAUUUGGGGAAAAUUGGAAAAUACAGAAAUUUUAAGUGAAAAAAUAAAAUAUCUUAUAAUCCCACUGCAUAAAAAUAACAAAUAUUAACAUUUGUAUAUUUUUCUUUUAGUUAUUUUUCAAUUUGUGGUAUAUGUAUAUAUGUAUCUAUAUGUAUUUGUAUUUGUAUUUGAAAUUUGGGAAUCCUGCUCCAUGUACAGUUUUAAUAUUUUGGUUUUUUUAAACUUGAACUUUAUGGCUUAAGCAUUUCCCCAUAUCGUUGAUUAUUCUGCAAUAACAUAAUUUUGAACAGCUGUAAAAUAAUCUGUGGUAUGAUUAUUCCAUACUUUAUUUAAGCCUAUCUGCUUUGUGGGAAUUUUAAGUUGCUUUCAUAAAUAUUGCUGCAAUAAAUAUUACUGAACAUGUGUAUUUAUACAGCUCUCUAAUUAUUGGGGAUAGGGUCCUAGAAGUAGAAUUACUGGCUCAGAUAUUAAUUAAAAUAGGAUUUUCUUCAAGUCCCUGGCUGGUUCUGUUGGUAGAGCAUAUGACUCAUGAUCUUGGGGUUGUGAGUUCGAGCCCCAUGCUGAGGGUGGAAUUUACUUUAAAAAAAUAAAAUAAAAUAAAUGUACAGCUUUAAAAAAAUAGAAUUUUCUUUUUUAUGGGCAAAAGUGACAUAUCAUUAUGGUUUCGAUUUGCAGUGAGAUUGAUGGUUGGUUUAUAUAUUUUUGAUCAAUUUUUAAAAAUUUUUCAUGUCUUUCAUCCAUUGUUUUACUUACACAAUCUUUUAUUGAUUUAUAAGAAAUCAUUACAUAUCGGAUAUAUAAUUUCACGUCUCUCCUAUAUGUUGCAAUUUAAUUUUGUGUGAAGUUUGAUUUAUAUAAUGUUUUUUCAUGUAUUAAAGGUUAAAUUUUAUUUGCUAUCA